CUCGCGACAGCGGGGCGCCGCCAUCUUACCCGCUCGCUCGGGCGCUCGCUGUGUCGGGCGCUGCGGCUCAGGGCGGCGGGGGGGCCGCCCGUCCCGGACCGCACCGCACCGCCGCCGCACUCGGCCGCGCCGCCCGCCGGCGGGGGGGACCCGCGCAGCGCCCGGGACUCGCUCCCCGGCAGAGCAGCGGCGAGAGCGGGGCCCGCGGAAAGCAGCCGCUGCUCGACUGGUUCCGCCCCCUCCGUGUCGCUGGGCCUCCGGCCCCUGCCGGGCGGCUUCUGCCCAACCGGGAGGCGGCGGAGAGUGCGGGGAGGCGCGGCGGGAGCCGGGGUGCCGGCAGGCGGGCGGCGCGGACCCCGCCGCCGGGGCUGCUGCUGCUGCUGUUGCUGCUGGCGGGGAGGCGGGGGGCCCGGGCCGCUCUGGAUGGUGGUUAAAAUGAUCAUAGAAAACUUCGAGGCGCUGAAAUCCUGGCUCAGCAAAACCUUGGAGCCCAUAUGUGAUGCAGAUCCAUCUGCCCUAGCUAAAUAUGUUCUGGCUUUGGUAAAGAAGGAUAAAAGUGAAAAGGAACUGAAGGCAUUGUGUGUUGAUCAGCUGGAUGUAUUUCUUCAGAAAGAAACUCAGAUAUUUGUGGAAAAACUGUUUGAUGCUGUGAAUACAAAAAGCUACCUACCUCCACCAGAACAGCCAUCAUCAGGAAGCCUGAAAGUAGAAUUUUUUCAGCACCAAGAAAAAGAGACAAAAAAGGAAGAGAUAGUUAAAGAGGAAGAGCGAGAGAAAAAGUUCUCUAGAAGAUUAAAUCACAGCCCUCCUCAGUCAAGUUCUCGCUACAGAGACACCAGAAGCCGUGAUGAAAGGAAAAAGGAUGAACGUUCUCGGAAGAGGGAUUAUGACCGAAAUCCUCCCAGAAGAGAUUCCUAUAGGGAUCGAUACAACAGACGGAGAGGGAGGAGUCGGAGCUACAGCAGGAGUCGAAGUAGGAGUUGGAGCAAAGAGAGGUUGCGGGACCGUGAUCGAGACCGGAGCAGAAGCCGGAGCAGAACACGAAGCAGAGAAAGGGAUUUAGGAAAGCCAAAAUAUGACAUGGAUAGAACAGAUCCGUUAGAGAACAAUUAUACUCCAGUUUCUUCUGUGACAAAUAUUUCAUCUGGCCACUACCCUGUCCCUACGCUGAGCAGUACUAUUACUGUUAUCGCUCCUGCUCAUCAUGGAAAUAACACUACUGAAAGUUGGUCAGAGUUCCAUGAAGAGCAGCUGGACCACAACUCCUACGGAAGACCUCCGCUGCCAAAGAAACGCUGUAGAGAUUAUGAUGAGAAGGGUUUCUGUAUGAGAGGAGACAUGUGCCCAUUUGAUCAUGGAAGCGAUCCAGUAGUGGUAGAAGAUGUGAAUCUUCCUGGCAUUCUGCCUUUUCCAGCACAACCCCCUGUUGUCGAAGGACCACCUCCUCCUGGACUUCCUCCCCCUCCACCAAUUCUCAGUCCUCCUCCUGUUAACCUUAGACCUCCAGUACCACCACCAGGCCCCUUACCACCUAGCCUUCCACCUGUAACAGGACCACCCCCUCCCCUUCCACCAUUGCAGCCUGCUGGCAUGGAUGCCCCCCCAAACUCAGCAACCAGCUCAGUUCCUACUGUUGUCACCACGGGUAUUCAUCACCAGCCGCCUCCUGCUCCACCCUCUCUUUUUACAGCAGGUGUAGUACUGAGGCUUUGCCCACAAGAAACGUAUGACACAGAUGGCUAUAAUCCAGAAGCUCCAAGCAUAACAAAUACUUCAAGACCUAUGUAUAGACAUAGAGUACAUGCCCAAAGACCAAAUUUGAUAGGACUCACAUCAGGUGAUAUGGAUCUACCACCCAGAGAAAAACCUCCUAAUAAAAGUAGUAUGAGAAUAGUGGUAGAUGCUGAAUCCAGGAAAAGAACAAUUGGUUCAGGGGAUGGUGGAGUUCCUACAAAGAAGACAUGGUUUGACAAGCAAAAUUUUAACAGAACAAAUAGUCCAGGUUUCCAGAAGAAAGUGCAGUUUGGAAAUGAAAAUACAAAACUUGAAUUGAGAAAAGUUCCCCCAGAACUUAACAACAUCAGCAAACUUAAUGAGCACUUCAGUAAGUUUGGAAACUUAGUCAACUUGCAGGUUGCAUAUCAGGGUGAUCCAGAAGGUGCCCUUAUUCAGUUUGCCACCCAUGAGGAAGCAAAGAAAGCUAUAUCAAGUACAGAAGCAGUAUUAAAUAAUCGUUUUAUUAAAGUUUAUUGGCAUCGAGAAGGCAGCGCACCGCAAAUCCAGACUACCACACAGAAGGUGAUCCAGCCCUUAGUGCAGCAGCCCACUUUGCCUGUAGUGAAGCAGUCGGUGAAGGAGCGGCUCGGCCCAGUACCUGCGAGUAAUAUUGAACCUGCAGAAGCACAGGGUGCCAACACAGAAGUCGCUCAGAAUGUGACUAAAUUAUCUGUGAAGGAUAGACUGGGUUUUGUGUCGAAGCCAGUUACUCCAGCAACUGAAAAGGUUUUAUCUACUUCUACUGGCUUGACAAAAACUGUGUACAACCCUGCUGCUUUGAAGGCAGCACAGAAAUCUUUGCCUGUUGUUUCCACUUCCGUGCUAGACUCUAAUGAAGCACAGAAGAAAAAACAGGAAGCAUUGCGACUUCAACAAGACGUGAGGAAAAAGAAGCAAGAAAUCUUGGAGAAGCACAUUGAAACACAGAAGAUGCUGAUUUCAAAGCUGGAGAAGAAUAAGGCCAUGAAGUCAGAAGACAAAGCAGAAAUUAUGAAAACACUGGAAAUUUUGACUAACAGCAUUACCAAGUUAAAGGAUGAAUUAAAAGGUGUAUCACCAGGAGGAGGGACUCCUUUAAAAAGCAUGAAAACUAAAACUCAGAUGCAGAAGGAGUUACUAGAUACUGAACUGGAUUUAUACAAGAAGAUGCAAGCUGGAGAGGAAGUUACUGAAUUAAGACGAAAAUAUACAGAGCUGCAGCUGGAAGCUGCCAAGCGAGGGAUUCUCUCUUCAGUUCGCGGCAGAGGGGUUCACGCGAGAGGCCGGGGCGCAUCGCGGAGCAGAGGCAGAGGAAUACGGGGCCGGGGGAGAGGCAGAGGAGUUCCUGUGCAUGCGGUGGUGGAUCAUCGGCCCAGGGCACUGGAGAUCUCCGCCUUCACUGAAAGUGACAGAGAAGAUCUUCUGCCUCAUUUUGCGCAAUAUGGUGAAAUUGAAGAUUGCCAGAUAGAUGACUCUUCUCUCCAUGCGGUGAUUACUUUUAAAACGAGAGCAGAAGCUGAAGCUGCUGCAAUUCAUGGAUCUCGUUUCAAAGGACAAGAACUGAAGUUGGCAUGGAACAAGCCUGCUACCAGUAUGUCAGCCGUUGAAACAGAAGAAGCUGAACCUGAUGAAGAAGAAUUUCAGGAAGAAUCUUUGGUGGAUGACUCACUGCUUCAAGAUGAUGAUGAAGAGGAAGAGGAGAAUGAAUCUCGUUCAUGGAGAAGAUGAUUCAACUGAUCAACGACAAUGCUAGAGCUGCACCUGUGUUGCAUUAGUAUUACCUAAUGUACUUCUGCAUCUUUGUAUUAAAAGGGGUUUUGUGAUGAAGUUGGAUUCAGAUAAUAGAUUAAAAAACAGCUGGUCAGUUAUACAUUUUGAGAGAUUGAUGUUUGAGUUACAUUUCAGUAAAUGAUUGCUAAAGACAUCAUACUAGGAACAUAUGCAAUGUUUUUAUUACAUAGUUCUACAGAAAGUUACAGAAUUCUUUGGGUUCUUUGUAAUUUACUGAAUUGGUCAAACACAAAUGACCAAAAGUUGUUAUAACAUAGAUAAUUUUUGUUCUAUUCCAGAUACGGAAUGAAAAUUUGCAUUUAAAAUCUUUGUGAAUGUUUUCAGAAUUGAAUAGAUAACAGUACUAAACUGAAGUCUCUAAAGUUAUGUAUUCAUAAUAUUGCAUAGUAGUAUGCUUAGGCUUUACUAUGUACUAGCCUUUUGUUGGAUUUGUGUACGUAUUUUACCUAUGGGUUUUAAUGAUAAAGUGUAUGACUGCUUUGCAUAUAAGUCCUUAUGACUUUAAGAUGUUAAAAAAAAUAAAGAAAUGGAAUGGUCUUAAAAAAAAAAAAGAAAAAAAAAAAAAAAAGCAAUAACCAAAAAAGCUAAGGCAAUGGUCCUUCAUGAUGAAAAAAAAAAAAAAAAAAGAAAAAAAGAGAAAAGACCAUUCCAGAUGGCAACCCCCACCCC